UGUACGCAGAAUUUCAAACUGCAACUAUUCAAUUUAACUUAAUUGCGUUAUUUACUCACAAAACCUUCAGAAUAAACUGGCAGAUUAGUGAAAGAAUGUGGCAUUUCCUGACGGCGCUCAUUUGUUUUUAUGGUUUUAUUAAAGAAUUUAAAAUUGGCGAGCCGUAUAUUUAUUUAUAUCAAAGUGAAGCAUUGAACUUAACACGCGAACAACUUACAAAUGAGAUUUACCCAUUUGCUGCUUACAGUUACCUAUUAUCAUUGAUACCAAUACUUUUGCUUACCGAUCUAACGCUUUAUAAACCGACGAUGUUAUUAGAAAUCGUCGGACAAACCAUUUACCGAGGUAUACUGGUGUUCUUCCCGGAGGUUUGGGCGCAAAAACUAGGAAUUAUGGUUUUUGGAACAGCAUCUGCUUCCGAAAUAGCCUUCUUCUCCUACAUUUACUCAAAAUCGGAAAAGGACCAGUAUCAAAAAUUAACAAGCUAUUCGAAAGCAGCAGUGAUGUCUGGACGCAUGAUAAGUUAUCUGUUAGCUCAGACAAUCAUCCUCACAGGGAUUGGAAGCUAUCGAUUUUUGCAAUGUGUAGGUUUUGGAGUCCCAUGUUUCGUUGUCAUUCUUGCUGCAUUUCUACCGAGUGUAAAAUGGAAGCAAGUGGUUAUCAGACUUUCUGACUCGAACAGCAAAGAGACAGUUGUCGAACAACCUGAUUUACCACAGACGUAUGGUGCAUAUGUACAUUAUCAUUUAUGCCUAAUGCGUCACAGUAUAACUUGCAUCUAUCGGAUCGGUGCUAUCCGAAAGUGGUCCAUGUGGUGGGCACUAACAACAUGCAUGUCACUUCAGGUUGCUCAGUAUGCUCAAGCACUUUGGGGUGAAGUACAAUAUGGUGCCACGAAUUCAGUGAAUGGUUUCGCGGAAGCUACCUAUACCGCUACAGCCGCAAUAUCGAUUUUAAUAUUGGGCCUAGCUAAAAUAAAUUGGGAUAAAUGGGGUGAAAUGACGUUGGCUAUGAUUUCCUUGAUUGAUACGUUGAUAUUAAUUAUAUAUUCAAGAGCACAAUCCAUAUGGAUUAUGUAUGCUUGCUAUAUUAGCUAUCGAAGCUUGUAUCAAGUGAUGAUUACCAUUGCUCAGUGGAAUUUGGCAAGGAAAAUGAUCGGUGAAUCAUAUGGUUUAGUAUUCGGUUUGAAUUCAUUCAUUGCUCUGCUGCUCCAAACACUACUCACCAUCACCGUACCUGAUCAACAUGGACUAAACAUGCCAGUCAGAAAACAGUUCCUGGUAUACGCUGGCUGUCAUGCGUUCAUCGGAGCAGUUUUCCUAAUCUCACUAUGCUAUUCACUUAUCAGAUGCUGCAGGUCAAAGGUAUCAGUUCAAACUGAACAACCUACGACAUACAUCCAAUAG